UUUCAAAGCGCGGUUUUUGGAUUUUUUAAAUAUUUUUUUUUUGUUCGGAUGCCGUGUUCUAUAAUGGACACGGAAACAACGAAACUACUCACUUCAGAAAAUGGUUUGGAUCUUUAUGUGCUAAAGCAAAUUGUUUUCUUUAAUAUCUCAUAAUGAGGAUACGGGAAUCCAAAUCAUCACCUGAUAUGAAUGUGACCAAAAAGAAGAACACCAUUCCAAAUAUCACAGGGAGCCAUCAAAUGACUUGGAAGGAGUUGGCUGAAGCUGACGAUCUUGCUUCCGCUCUUACUGUUGAUCCUUAUCUUGGAUUCACUACCCACAAAAUGACUGAGUAUGUUUUUGCAAAGAAUAUAUUCUCUCUUAUAGAAUGAAGUUAAGGAUUCCAGAUAGAAUAAGAAGAAAGUUCCGUGAUAUUAUAUGUGAUUUUCAGAAACAUAAGUGUUAUGACGCUGCUUAUAAUCAGUUGGUAGCCGAUCCAAAUAUUGUAAAACGUUCUUGGAGUGUUGAUCCUCGGUUCAAGGAACAUGUUAAUCGUUAUCUUUUGUUGUUUGACGAUCGUUCUGGUAUUGAAAUCCGACCAUGUUGGCGCUAUGCAUCGGAAAACCAUAUGGGUGCUGCGAUUUUCGCAACAAGAGAUUGGGCCAAAGGAUCACGUAUCAGCACCUUGGUGGGAUGUAUUGCUGAACUUAAACAUCAUGAAGAAACUGCAUUUCUGAAGCAGCACAAAAAUGACUUUUCAGUCAUGUAUUCUUCUAGAAAAAAUUGCUCUCAGUUGUGGUUGGGUCCGGCUGCUUACGUUAAUCACGACUGCCAUCCAAACUGUGAGUUUACGAUUAACUGUGAUGUUGAUGCUCGUAUGAGUUUGGAAGCAAAAACAGAUAUAAAAUGUGGAGAUGAAAUUUUUAUCUACUAUGGAUCUCACUUUUUUGAUGUGAAUAAUGGAGCUUGCGAGUGUUUUACUUGUGAGUUAUUGGGGCGCGGCUAUUUUAGUAAAUUUACUCAAGUGGUUGAUAAUACCAAUGUUCCGAAUCAAAAACUGGUUCCAAAUAUUAUGACUGACCAAAAAAACUAUACCAAAAAUAUGGCAUUAUCGUAUCACAAUGGCCGUUACAAUCCCAAUAUUCAUGGCCAUGUACUUCGUGAUAGGAUGAAUUCAGGAUCAGAUCAUAUUUCGUCUGCAUGUAAUGAUACACAAAACGCUAAGCAACUAUCUUUGGAUUUUUUCCUAGAAAAGGGAUCUUCUACUGGCUUAGCUUGUAAAGCACUACCUAAUGCCUACGCCUUACGUCAUACUGGAUCUCGUUUAAACCGUGUUAAAGCUCGAUUAAUCGCCGCAAAAGUAGCUUCUCUAAACCAGUCUUUUGAUGUAAACAGUCAAGAAAACAGAACGCCGAAAAUCAAGUCUCCUUACAAGAAGUGUUUAUUAAGAAAGGCCAUUCCAAAUAUUACUCCCUCUUUUAGAAGAAACAAGCCGAGUUCACAUCCUUAUGCCAUUGGUAGAAGAAAACUUGUCAAAUCAGUCACUGCUGUAAACCAUCGACAAAUAUUAUCUAACCGUCAAGUAAAGAAACGUUUUACUUCAAAGAGAACUAUUGGUAACCUGUCUGACAACGUUAUAUCAUCGCAAGAAUCUGAUGAGACAAGUAGUGGAUUAGGACAAAGCGUUCACAAUGAGAGUAGUGGUUCCAACAGUCCAUUACCGCCGGACUUAGAUCUUAUGUCAUCAACUUCACCAAACAAUUCAUUCAGUGAGACGAUUGUCGUUACACCUGAUCUUGAAUCAUCAUACUAUCUAGAAUCAGUAGUUCAAGCGAACACUGACAAUGGGAAUGUAAACCAAAGAUCACCUGAUAUUAAGACUCAAUCUUCUAUACCAGUCAUCAGUACAUUACAAAUUACAGCUGAAAGCGAGCUAACAAAGAAUGUAGAACCUAUCUUGGGAAGACUUAUGCAUGAAACUAAGUGUUGUAGUGAUGCUAAAAACUCACUAACUACUAGUUAUUUAUUUAAUCAUUCUACUACUGAACACUGUCGAAAACGUCUAACGAAUUAUGAUGCUCGUUUGAUAGCCGAGGCCAGGUUGCUCACUCCAGUAUCCAAACAACGUCAACGUAAACCACUAAGUUAUCCAGAUUCUGUAGAGUAUGUUUCACUGAAAAAUACAGUGAAAUCUCCCAAGACAAGAGCAAUAAAGUGUAGAAAUAAAGGUGAAAUUAUGGAUGAAAAGUUACAAAAUAACAAUCGUCAUGAUGUUAAAGCUGCAAAUAACGAUUCUGAAAGUUCUUAUAAUGUGUGCUGCUCACAAUCAAGGUUAUCUCCUGCUGGAAAUAAAGACGUUGAAGCUUCUGGAACACGAUAUUAUCCAAUUUCAAGCCAGUGCACGGAUAUUGAGUCAGUUUCUGAGGAUCUGAUACCUCCAUUACUAACCAGCCCUUCGAAGCUUCAUACAACAUCAUCAUUUACUCUAUCAGAUAGUUCGCAUGAUAUGGGUCCUCCGUCCAUAUAUUCCACAGCUGAAGCGGAUGAUAGGAGUGACCUCUCGAUUGAUUCUGAACUCACUGAACCUAAUUUGGAUACGGAAUUCUCAUGUGAUUAUCAUAUUCCUAACAUAUCCAUACUCCCUUUCGGUCUUCAUAAUAAGUCCAUUACAUAUGACGAAAAGAGUUCUUCACUGUCAGCUGAACAUAUUCUUAUGGAUCAUGAUUACUCUUUACCUGCAUAUGGUGCUGAAUGUACACUAGUUUCAAAUCCAAUACUUAACGCUAAAAUAAAUAGUCAAGAUUAUCGACAGAAAUUAGUGAAAAAUUCAGUUCAGAACUCCGAGUGUAACACAUAUUUACCAGAAGUCGUCCGUACACCCCCACCUCCACUUCUUCAACCAGAAACCCCACCUAAUACUUUCGAAUUCUGUGCUCGUAAUUCACCUUGUAAAUUAAAAAAUGAUUUUCUCACAAAUUCAUCUCAUAGUCCCUCAGUUUCCAACGUUCACAACUCAUGGUGGUCUCGAACUUCAGAGACGAAGGACGUUUGGAACCCUAGUGUUUUGUUCUCUAACUCUACUUCACCUGAUUGUCGUCGUUUAACGGUCACUCUUAAACGUGUUGGACCCAAGCAUUACCAAAUAUCUCAACCAAGUAGAUUUUUUAUCAGUUGAAAAAAUAUUUUGUCUUCAACAAUGUAUGACAAUGUUUAUUUUUACUUUCUUGCAUAUUUAUAGGAAUGUUUCUAUUCUUUAUUUAUGACCAGCAUUUUAGAUUUCUUACUACCUCAGAUAUCUCACCUAUGUGUAUUCACUACAUAAAAAUCCAUAUUCAAUAUUAUCAUUUACUUUUAGUAUGUAAUUAUUUUCAGUAUGUACA